CCGCAAAUGCGAACAUUGCUACCGGGUAAAUUUGAAUUUUCGCAAGUUCAAGUUCAAUCCGAUAUUUUUUUUAUAUAGCUCGAAGGUAGGAGUACGAUCGUUUAUCACUGUUUUUGAUUCGAACGGUGCAGUGCUCAGAGAAAAAUGGUACUUCUACCACGGAUCGCUAGUGUCUACGUUUCUGCAGGGGCAGCCAGCAUCCUGUUCUUCGUCGUGGGCACGAUAUGCUCCUGGUCAUCACCAGCCAUCCCCAAGCUGCAAAACGCCACCGAAAACCCCUUCGGCAGGGACGUCGCCCCCGACGAGAUCUCCUGGAUAUCCUCCCUGGUGACGCUCGGCGCCAUCUUCGGCCCUUUCCUGUUCGGCUAUUCGGCCGACAAGCUGGGCAGGAAGUACUCCCUGCUAUGCGCCGGCCUGCUCGCCUUAGUGUCCUACGUCCUUAUGGCCGUCGGGACGGCCGUGGAGGUCUACUAUUUAGCCAGAACGUUAGCAGGAUUAAGCGUCGGCGGCACGUUCAUCCUCCUGCCGAUGUACCUGAGCGAGAUAUCCGAGAGCCACAACAGGGGUUUGGUGAAUUGCGCCGCAGGAUGUUCCUGCUGCAUGGGGCUGUUGUUGGCGGUCUGCUUGGGUCCUUACAAACCCAUCGGAUUUUUCAACGCCAUACUGGCCAUACCGGCUCUGGCGUUCCUUAUCGUUUUCGGUAUACUGGGCGUCGAAAGCCCGGUGUACUUCCUUAAAAUCGAGGAGAGCGAUAAAGCCGAAAUGGCGCUGCACCAUCUGGGCAGGACGCCCGAAAUGAUCAAGAAAGAAAUGGCGGAGAUGCAGACGGAGUAUCAAGUGAAAGACGAUCAUUUUAACCCGUUGGACAUUUUCACGUCUAAAAUUUUACUGAAAGGCGUUGUAUCUGCAAUGGGUUUGCUGGUAUUCCAACAAUUAUCAGGAAUAAACGCCUUCACUUUCUACAGCGCGCAGAUUUUCAACGAAGCAGGAACGGACUUGCCCGCUCAUUAUUGCACUAUGAUUUUCAUAUUCGUGCAAUUCGCCAGCAGUUUCAUAGCGGCGUUUUUGGUCGAUAGGUCCGGUCGCAAGGUGUGCCUGCUAAUCUCGGGCAUAGGCAUGGUGCUGACAGAAGGCACCAUCAGCCUCUUCUGCUACAUGAAGGCCAAGCAGUACGACGUGAGCGGCUUGGGCUGGCUGCCGGUGGUGGCCCUGACCACGUUCAUAGUCUUCUUCAACAUCGGCUACGGCCCUCUGCCGUGGAUCAUCAUGGCCGAGAUGUUCUCCACCAAGUACAAGUCCUUCGCCUGCGCCUUCGUCGCUACUGUUACCUGGACGGUGUCCUUCUUGGUCACCAAGUGCUUCCCGCUCGCCAUCAGAGUUCUGGGCAUGGACGUGGUGUUUCUGGCUUGUACGGUUUGCUGCAUGCUGGCCAUAGUGUUCAGCAGCUUUUAUAUAGUCGAGACCAAGGGCAGGAGCUUGCAGGAGAUUCAGCUGAUUUUGAGCAAAUGAGAUGUAGUAUUUGUUUUCGGUGUUUUGUUUGUUUUGAACCAAAUUGCAUAAGCAAUCUGUGAUAUUAACAUUACCUAUUAUUGUAUCAGAUAAAAUCUAGAAUAAUUUAUAUGUGAUAUCGUUAAUUGUAAUGUAGUUGUCGUGACUACUAAAAUCGCGGUAUAAAAUUAUACGCUGUCCUAAAAUAUCGAUUCGAAAUGAUAGCUUAGUUUGUAUAAUUAUGUAAAAUUCCGUCCAAUUAAUUAGAUAUUAGAUCUACAAUAUUAAUAAAUGUUAUGUUUAUGAUUAAUA